AUGCAUAGGAGAUAAGAUUCAAACAAUAACAGAAUUCGAAUAUCUAUCGAUCAUUAAGUUGAAGUUAGAAAUACUCGAACAAAUAUUUCUCCGUUAUAAUCAAAUCAUGUGAUAUCUCCUUAAAUUUACAAACAUCUUAAAUUACCUUCAAUUAAACAAUCAAGGUCUCCAAGUGCCAGAAAUCAAAAACAAACUACCAAACAGGUGGCAUCACUAAAUUAAUAAACAGCAGAGUUAAUCAAAAAGUUAUCGAAUAAUAGUAUAAAAUAAAAACAUCACAGAUUCAAUACAGAAAGCAGGCGUAAAAGCUCAUUGAGUUAAAAUAAAUUGGAACCAUAAACAAAAUUAACUUCAAAAGUAAUUUUAAAUUGAGUAUAAGCGAACUCGAUCUAUUUCGAAUAUGGUUUCCAAAAAUUCAUUAAUUGUUUCAACAUAAUUUGAAGAAGAAGAAGAUCUGCCAAAACAAAUCAAAUUGCCUACUAAUCUCCCUUAAAAUAAAAUCAAAAUCGAAAUUGUCAAUAAAGUUCAAUCUAACUAUGAUCAUUAACAAAAUAAAUAUGCAAAGUUUAAGGCUUAAAAUAAUGAAACUUAUCAGAGAAGUGAAAAUUAAGAAUUGAAUAGUCUUCGACAGUCAUUAUUUUCAAUAAUUGAGAAUAGCAGAGUUUAGAGGCAUAAAUUUUACUAAUUAGGAAACACAGAUUAAUAAUUGUAAUUAUUGGAAUAAUUAUAUUUAUAAAAUGAAAAGAUUGUUCGAAAUUAUGUAUAAAUUAGAUAGGAAGCUUAAUAAAUUGAUUUAAAAGUUAAGUCCCUCUCAAAUCAAAGAAAGCAAUUUAGAAUAUAGUGA